AUGCAAACCCUGCAGAAUAUCGUUGACCAUCCUGCCCCGAUUGAACCAUAUGAAAAUCUCAUGCAAUGGUUUGACAAACUCUUGGACGGACGGGACAAAGUUUUUGGACCACAGACCAAUCCGAAUGCCAAACUCUUUCGACACCUUGUCACCACCAGGGUUUUUGCCACCAAGAUCCCGCCACAGAUUCACCACAUUGACACCCAUGACAGCCCAGGUGAUGCCCACGGGCAAGCCCAGGUACCGAAGCCUGCAGGUCCCAUGCAAGCAGAUCACGUGCAGCCGAGCACCCGUCCAGACCAGCAUGCAUCCGUGAUCCAGGGUCCGUUUGUACAGUCAUCCGUUGCAGAACAUCCGACAGUGAGUGAGAGCCUUAUGCCAGGGUGUAGAGUGACUGCCACGGCCAACUUUGCCGAUCACCAAGUCACCCCACAUGCAAGUGGAGGGGUAACGGGUUUUGAAACUUGUUGUGCAAAAGCUAGGAAACGGAUGUCAUGUGAUGAUGCAGCUUCGAACAGCCGGACUGAGUCCAAGCCAUCUAGCCAAGCCGUAGCAGCUGAUCAUUUGCCCAAUGAAACCAUCCGUGCAACCGAACCAGUCAGAGAAGUGCCAGCCUUUGCAGCCGAUCAUGUACAGACAAAGCUUUGCCCAUUGGGCAAGAUCGACACUGCCAAUGACCCUGCCUAUGGGGACAUUUCACUUUCAGCUUUGCCGACUUUCAACACCAGGCAUGACAACAACCGACAUGCCCAGCAGCAGUGCCCAAGUCUGCAUCCGGGCCUUGACCGGCCACCCAUGUCCCCCCCGGCCCCUUUUCAUGCCAUGCCUCUUCCACGUUUAGGGUGUGGAGGCCCCUCCCAGUGUGAUGAGAACGAUGGCAAGUCAGAUGCAGACCCAGCUUUUCCAACCACGAAAAUUGCCAAUGCUUUGGGCAAAACAAUUGAAGUCACCCAAAAGAUCUUGCCCCAAUGCUUCACAGCUGAUUGUGGUUUCCAAUCUGUUGCAUGGCUUUUGGCUAUCCUCAGCAAUCUGCCAGUUGAAGCCAUGACUGACGACAGAGCAGCACAGUGGAGACAGCUUUUCAUCAAUGAACUUUGCAGGCAAGACAAAUGCGAUGAAUGGAUUUCUCAUCUUGAUCUUGGAGGAGCCAAACUUGACCAAUCAGAAAUGACCAAGCUGACAAGCCUUCUGACACAGCAUGGAGUUUGGCCAGACCGGGCAUUGGAAAGAGCCAAUCAGCUUAUCAGUGCGAUGCCUGCGGUGAACAUACGAAACAUUCUUGCUUCUCACCGGCCAUGGCAAGAUCUGAAAGCUGCAGCCAAUGGGGUCAAACCACAAAUCAAGCUCAUCAUGAUCGAUGAGCUCAAUGCACAGAUUGCCAACAGAGCUGACCAACGCAAAUAUGGCAAGAAAAUGUCCUCGCACAAGAGACACGAGCCAGCCAAGGACAAUCCCACAGCCCAAGCAUCCGAAUUGAUGGUACCCCAAGGGGUGUUCAAACAGCAGGAUGGCACGAUCCUUGGCCCUCUGCAGAUAGGAGAUGUUGGACCCAAUGCCAAAGGAGUCUUACUGGUUGACCAAGCCGACUGCCAGGCCACUUUGCGCCUGCCGAAACCGGUCUCACAAAUGGGUUUGGCUGUCAUUGUCUUGGCCACAAAGAACAAUGAAGACAUGCACAGCAUCACACCGACCAGGUUUACAGCGAUGUGCCUUUCCACUCAGGAGCCUCUGAUUGCAUCCGGAUACAUGUACCAACUUGGCCACCAGGAAGUCAUCCGACACGAACCCAGCAACAAGCUUGCCAUAGAUGAGCAGCCCACUGAAGCUAUCAGGUGCAUGGUUUUCAAAGAUCAGGCGGGAGAUUUCUGGGAGCAAUUGCGACAGCAGCCGGUCAAUCACAUCUUUCAGACAGAACCACUGCUUGCCACACCACCAGGCUCAACCUCAAUCGUCAUUGAUGUUUGGGAUCGCCAGUGGGUGUCCAAGAAAUACGAGAAAGUUCGCCCUGCAAAUGCUGAAGUCUUCACCUUUUCCAUGAGGAUGCUGGCAGACAAAGCCGAUGAACUGUUGGCCAAGAGCGGACAGGCUGGAGUGUACUGGGAACCCAGAUCUGCAUGCGGCAGGUUUCCCAAUUCCAACUACCAUGUUACAUGGCUGCCACAAAUGACAUUCCAAGAUGCCAAGUAUGCCCAGCAAACGUCACCACAGGCAACCACAUUGGCCAGGCAUGGCGAACGAUAUGGUCUGCGGAGUGAUACACUCAAUGCUCAGGAGAUCCAUGAAAAACACAGACCUGACACACCGCUUCUGCUUGGCCAAUCCAAGAUGCUUUAUGCAGUCGGUCACUUGCCUUUCAGCACAACCAAGGCCGCCUUGUGCAAGCUGCUCAAAGCCUGGAGUUGGGAUGCAAGACCGCUCCAACCAAAGGGGCGGGCGCAAGAUGGAAGUGGAAUCACUUGGCACAUCCAGGCAGUUGAAGACCCGGGUCACUGGGUUUACUCUUUGCAGCAUGGCGAUGUUUUGGUGACCAAGUUGCAGGAUCCCAAACCACCCACAUAUGCCAAGCCUUUUUCCAUCGUUGCAUCCAAAAAGACCAUCGAACACCUGCAGGGCACAGAUCCUUGGAUCAACUACGACCCAUGGAGGAAAGACGGUGCUCAGCCCAGCCAUUUGCAGGCCAAACAAAUGCCUCCCAAGCCCUCGGGACAGCCAGUCCCUCAUGCCCAGCUUGCCGCCAUGGAAGCCAGUUUUGACAAAAAGAUCCAACAGAUGCACAAACAGACAGAUGGAGAUGAACCCGUGGAAUCAGCCCACAUCGAAGCCAGAAUCUCCCAGCUUGAGCAACAGUUUCAGCAGGUCCAAGCCAUGCAACUUGGCACCGAUGCCAAGGUGGGACAAUUGCAGCAGCAAGUGGACCAACAAAGCAAGGCACUGGGAGAUCGCAUCGAUGAAAAGCUGAAUACGCACAUGGAACGCAUCGAGAUGCUUCUCUGCAAGAGAAGCCGACAUGAGACCAGUGAUUGGAAACAUGAACCCUACCGGCUUGAUGGGGAAAGCCGACACACCGGCACAGGCAUCCUCAGUGCCUACCCAUGCAGAGCCUUGGACCAUCACUGGACCAAGGUUUACUUGGCUGACUUGGGAAAACCUCCACCAGAUCACCUGGAUCCCCCACGGUUGAUGAACACCGAGCUCCGUAGAGUUGAAGCAGACUGCACUGCCAUCCUGCAUGAGUUUGAAAAAGAAUGUGCGCCGAGAUGGCAAAAACACGAUGAUACGAGUGAUGAACACUGGCAAGUAAUCACCGACUUUAUGAAACAUGCCAUGCCUCAGCAACACGCCAGUUUUCCGCCCAUCACUGCCCAAGUUUUUCUCAGAGCCGCGUCCAACAAACGGAAGUUCGCGGCCGUGGGGCCGGAUGGUGUUUCCAAGCAAGAUCUUUUGCACCUUCCUGCUACAGCCAUAGAAGAUUUGCUGGAGCUCAUCCGAGCGUUGGAAAAAGGGGCUAAAUGGCCCAACCAAGCCGUGACGGGACUUGUUUCUGCUCUUGCGAAAGUUCCCUCAGCUCAAAAAGUUCAACCGUACCGACCCAUUUGCAUUUUCAGUAUGUUUUACAGGGUUUGGAGCUCCAUCCGAGCAAAGCAGUGUUUAAAGCAUCUAGUGUCCAUUGUCCCUAGCACCUUGAUGGGAAACAUUCCAGGCCGAAGCCCACAGAAGGUCUGGUUUCAUGUUCAACAGCUCAUUGAGCAUUCCUAUUGCUCGCCAGGUGAGGUUGCCGGCAGUGUCAUUGACAUUGUUAAGUGUUUCAAUGCCUUGCCCAGGUUUCCCUUGCUGCAGAUUGCCCGUUUGGUAGGUUUGCCUGACGAAGUUGUGAUACCCUGGACCACUGCACUCAAGCAAAUGCAACGCAGAUUUCAGGUCAGAUCCACUGUCGGCCAGGCAAUUUCUAGUUCCACAGGUUUUCCAGAGGGUUGCGCACUGAGCGUGGUUAGCAUGGCCAUUUGCAACAUCACCAUGGAAUUGUGGAUGUACUACCGAUACCCGUCGGUACGCCUAUGGUCUUUUGUUGAUAACAUAGAGUGCACCACGGAAGACACCGACCAGGCCAUCCAAUCCCUACAGGGGCUUUUGCAGUUUUGUAAGCAGAAAGAGAGGGCAAUUUUGGUAUCGGCAUGGCCCAACAUCUUCUACGGAGUGAGCACCAUCACCUUGGGUAACAACCACUACCAGCGAUUGCGAUCCCAAUGUGCCAGAGCACUCAAUGCCAACCAAACCGGAGCCAACCCAGCACAUGCGAAACCUCCUCUCCAAGAAACGGUUUUGGAUGAGUGGGCGGUUUGGGGUAACGGUAUGGCAGACCUUUUUGCGGAAGAAGCAAGACAACAGCUUUCACUGGACUUCUGGAACACCUGGACUGCUGUGAAAACGCAUCAGUCAAACACCUGGAGUUUUGGUCAAGCUCUUCAUAAAUUGUUUGUGCAGAUCGGUUUGCGCGCGCAGGCCACCAGUGCCAUUAAGGCACCGUUGCGAACGGAUCAACGGCGUCCAUCCAGCCUCACGCUCACCUUUUGGAGCGGCUGCAUUCGGGUAUCAAUUUCUGAGGAACGUUUGGCCAACAUCGACAACUUCUACAAGGUGAAGGCCACCAGAUUGCCUAUUAGCCAGAUAGUCCGAGACAUGUCGGACAUACCGCCAGGCUUGAUGACAGAGUAG